AUGCAAUCAGUUAAACAAUUUCUCGUUGACCAAUACACUAAACUUCAUUUCAAUCCAGUUGAUCUCAAAGGAAAGGUGAUCAUUGUCACUGGAAGUAAUAUUGGAAUUGGUUUUGCAACUGUUCAACAUCUUCUAAAGAUGAAUCCAGAGAGAAUUAUUAUGGCUUGUAGAAAUAUGGAGAAAGCUAAAGAAGCAAUCUCCAAACUACAAAAUGAUAAUGGUGUAGCUAUUGAGGCGUGGCAAUUAGAUAUUUCUUCGUUUGAAUCAAUUAAAUCAUUUGCAAAGAGAUUUCAAGAUUCUUCAUUGCCACUUCACAUACUGAUAAACAAUGCCGGACUCGGUGGAAACAUGCCUUUCUCGUUGACAAAGGAUGGACAUGAAACAAUGUAUGGAACAAAUCAUCUUGGAACUACGCUGUUGACAUUGCUACUGCUGCCAGUGAUAAGAAAGACUGCACUUGAGAAUAAUGUUUAUCCAAGAAUCAUUAAUUUGGCAUCGGAAGUUCAUCUUUGGACCAACUUUUCAGUAAAAGAUAAACCCAAUAUUAUCAAGGCAAUGGAUGACCCAAAUUUGAUAGUUGGAUUCGAUAGAUACUCGAUAUCAAAGUUGAUGAAUGUUAUGUUUACAAAGAGUCUGGCGAAACACCUUCAAGAAUCAAACCAAGCAGAAGAUAAAAAGAUUUCGGUCUACUCUAUCAACCCUGGAAUGGUUACAUCAGACCUCGGUUUAAAAGAUGAUAAAUCAUGGUUGUCUAAACUUGCUUUCAAGACACUCAAUACAGUUUUAAGUUAUAUUAUUGCAAGAACACCAGAGGAAGGAUCAAAAACAACUAUUUUAGCAGCAACCAGUGUCGAUUACGGUGUUGAAAGUGGAAUUGAAAAUGGUAUCUAUUUCUCUGCUUGUAAACCAGCAAAAGUAAAUGCUUUGUUGGAUGGUGAAGAAGGUCAAGCUUUAUUAGAAAGAUUAUGGAAAGAAACACUUCAAGUUCUUCCGGUAGAAGUACAAGAUAAAUUAAAAACUGAAUUGUUUUUUAUCUGCAUAAAUUCCGACUUUAACUCAAGUGGUAGAGUGUUUGACUGUAGUAAGAAUCACAAGAGAUAUCAAAAGGUUGCUAGUUCGAGUCUGGCAAGUCGGAUCUUUUAA